AUAUCUUGAUUUGUUUCUAAGUCCCUUCUUUUUUUUCACAAAUAUAUUCUGCUCUCUCUCUCUCUCUCUCUCUAUAUAUAUAUAUAUAUAUACAUAUACAUAUAUUGUUUAAUCCGGAAAUUUUCAAUCUGAUCUCUUUCUGGUGCAAAACAAAGAUGAUGAGUGGUAGUGGGGGAUGAGCAGCAAGCAUCUGCAGGUGGAGUAAAGAGAGUAUAGUCUGAUGACUUGUGAAAUGGCCUUCUUCCACUCCAAUUUCAUGCUGCAAACUCCUCCUCAUCAAGAAGAUCAUGAUCAGAAUCACCCCUCUACAUCUCUACCCCCAAUUAGUCUUCCUUCUUGCACUCCCCAAGAAUUUCAUGGAGGUGUGGCUUCUCUACUAGCUGGGAAGAGAUCAUCCAUGUCUUUCUCCACCGGCAUCGACGUCUGCGAAGAUCAUAUGAACAAUCAUAAUCAUGGGGAAGAUGAAUUAUCAGACGAUGGAUCGCAGGUCGGGGAGAAGAAGAGGAGGCUUAACAUGGAGCAAGUGAAAACACUGGAAAAGAAUUUCGAAUUGGGGAACAAGCUUGAGCCCGAAAGGAAAAUGCAGCUGGCCCGGGCACUCGGGCUGCAGCCCAGACAGAUCGCCAUUUGGUUUCAGAACAGGAGGGCUAGAUGGAAGACUAAACAACUGGAGAAAGAUUAUGAUCUCCUCAAGAGACAGUUUGAAGCUGUCAAGGCAGAAAAUGAUGCCCUUCAGGCCCACAACCACAAACUUCAUGCUGAGAUAUUGGCACUGAAGAGUAGGGAACCAACAGAAUCCAUAAAUCUGAACAAAGAAACAGAAGGUUCAUGCAGUAACAGAAGUGAAAACAGCUCGGAAAUAAAGCUGGAUAUUUCAACGACGACUCCAGCAGCCACCUGCACUGAGAGCCCAUUAUCAACACAUCCCAUUCCCAGGGCCCUCUUCCCGUCGACGUCUUCACUCAGCAGGCCCGGUGGAGUAGUAGCGCACCAGCUAUUCCACAAUUCUUCUUCCAGGCCCGAAAUUCAUCACUGCCCGAAAAUGGACCAAACUGUUAAGGAAGAAAGCUUGUGCAACAUGUUCGUUGGCAUGGAUGAUCAGACAGGAUUUUGGCCCUGGCUAGAGCAACAAAAUUUCAAUUAAAUCAAAAAAUUAUUACUAUUUUUAUAAAUUGGCGAUCAAACUAUAUCUGAUGGGAGUAAGAAUAUUCAUGGAUGAUGAAGUUAGCAAUGUUUAAUUUAUGAGUUAAUGAAUUAUAAAUUAGUUCCUCCU